CACACACACCACAGACGCGUGUGGUUGACCGCACCGGGCUCUCGGCUAUGUGUGAAGACGCGCAGCACGCCAAAGAAGCAGCACUACUGAAUCUGACGCUUGCUUUGUAGCAGGACCGCCAACCAGAUCGCAUCGAAAACCAUCCUACUUUCUCUCUCUCUUUUUCCCCUCCCUCUCUUUUCAGUUGUACUUGUGUGAACAGAGCUGGAGAAAAGGAAAUACCCUCCCCAUCAUCUCUCUUUCUCUCUCUCUCUCUCUCUCUCUCUCUCUCUCUCUCUUUCUGUCUGUCCUGUGGUGGGAUAAACAGUGAAAAGAUGAGCCUGUGAUACAGCAUCAGACCUGAGUGACCUGACAGCUCAAACUAAUCCUGUUCAGACAAAAAUAAAUGCUGCCAGUUGAAGCCUAGUCUCUGAUAGCAGUGGAGAACAACCAGUCUACUUCCCGGAAGAAUACAAGACUUCUCUGAUCUGGGAGGCUCAUUUCCCAAACUCAGCAUGAGGGAUGGCACAGCAACUCCAUGAGAGUGAAAAGGGGGAAAAAAAUGAAAGACUCCCAAAGGCUCUGGCAUAUGAGUGAUGGACUUGCCAAGAGGUUCAUCGGACAGAGCGACUUGCCACGCUCCGACUGCCCCCUUCUCCCCACAGCAUCAGACACCUCUGUGGUUGCAGUGAGACCCCACCUGCUCAGCAACAGCUGUACAUGGAGAACCCCAGUUGGGCAGAAACCAAACCAGGAAACGGGCUGUGUAAAACAGGAAGCAUUGCUCUCUUUGGAAACGUAGUGUACAGUGGGCUGCUGAACGAUCCCUUCUGGCAUUUCGGGGUGCCCCUUGUCACAAGACUGGGUAACCAGGAGGCCCCUGCUCCCCCAGAAGCCAUGGCUCAGCCGUAUGCUCCAGCACAGUAUCCUCCCCCUCCACCUCAGAACGGGUUGCCUGGCGAAUACACCCAUCCUGGGCAGGACUACACGGGGCCCAGUCCUGUCCCUGAGCAUGCUGCAGCCCUCACUAUCUACACACCGACACAGACACACAGCGAGCCACCUGGCACUGACAGCAGCACGCCUUCCCUCACAGGGACUAGCAGCAUACCACAAGCGGACGAUGUGGUGCAGACAGACGGCUCUCAGCAGCUUCAACUCCAGCUACAGCCCUCAGACUCUUCGGAGAAGCAGCAGCCCAAACGGUUACACGUCUCCAACAUUCCCUUCCGCUUCCGUGACCCAGACCUCCGGCAAAUGUUCGGGCAAUUUGGGAAAAUUUUGGAUGUGGAAAUUAUUUUUAACGAGCGGGGCUCUAAGGGUUUUGGUUUUGUAACUUUUGAAACAAGCAUAGACGCAGACCGCGCACGGGAGAAAUUAAACGGUACAAUCGUAGAGGGACGCAAAAUUGAGGUAAAUAAUGCAACGGCACGAGUAAUGACAAACAAAAAAGUGGCCAACCCAUAUACAAACGGCUGGAAGCUGAAUCCAGUGGUGGGAGCUGUCUAUGGUCCUGAAUUUUAUGCAGUGACAGGCUUCCCCUAUCCCACCACAGGGGCGACGGUGGCUUACAGGGGCGCCCACUUGAGAGGCAGAGGUCGUGCCGUCUACAACACGUUCCGCGCCGUACCUCCACCCCCUCCCAUUCCUGCUUACGGAGCUGUGGUUUACCAAGAUGGCUUCUACGGUGCUGAGAUCUAUGGUGGCUAUGCAGCAUACAGAUAUGCCCAACCAGCCGCAGCAGCUGCAGCAGCCUACAGUGACAGCUAUGGCAGAGUCUAUGCAACAGCAGACCCUUAUCACCACACGAUUGGACCUGCAGCCACGUACAGCGUGGGCACUAUGGCUAGCCUUUACAGAGGAGGUUACAGUCGCUUCACACCCUACUAGAGAGAGAAUCAAUCCAAACAAACAAACAAACAAAAGAAAACAAACACAAACAAACAACCCAACCGCCUCUACGUUCAAUAGAGCAAAACGCCUCCGGGUCAUAAGCGAACCUUCUCCGAACAGUCACAUUUGGGCUAAAGCUCUUCUUAUAAACCUGUGGUUAUCCAGCCUUUCUGUUGCUUGGCUAUUGAUUUGGAAUCUGUUUUGUUU